ACAAGUAGCGGCUAUGUCUACCCGAUAGUAGGUUGUCUGUAGAUCCGUGGAAAAUGGUCUUUGGAAUUUACGUCAAACAUUUAACUACGUUUCAGCUUUUUAGGACUUAAUAAAAUAUCGCAUUGUACAAAUUAUACAGGAUAAUAUAAAUUGCUUUAAGGAUCUUCUUCAAUUUUUACUAAAAUUGAAAACGAAAGUUGAAUUGAAUUUCUUUUUUUAAUCAAAAAAUGGCGUCUGGAGGUAUAAACACAGACAUAUUAUCGGAUGAAACUUUCGAUUUACUUUGUACAGUGUGCAAACGUAAGGGAAGAAACAGAGAAGCUGAACAUUUCUGUAUCGAUUGUCAGGACUAUUACUGUUCCGCCUGUGUCAAAGUGCACGACGACAUUCCUUUACUAAUUGGACACAAGAUUCUGGACAAAGGACAGUUUCCAUUGAGAUCGAGCCAGAGACGACCAGCACAACCUGGUGGUCAGGGAUCGAGUCCAGCAAUCCAUUUGACAGAGAGAUGUGACAGACACAGUCAUUACUUUAUAGACACGUACUGCCAAAACCACGACACGGUUGGCUGCGCUACGUGCAUGACAGUAGAUCAUAGAUUAUGCCAGGACGUUUUCUACGUACCAGAAUUUGUCAAAAGCAAUGCAAGCGUAUCACCAAACGAAAUUCAAAAGAAGCUACAGUCGACUGAUAAGGCCCUGACAGAACUCAUUGAAAACUUUCAACGUCAAAAACAAGAGCUCUUGAAAGGGAAAGCUGACUCACUGCAGAAUAUUAGAAAAUUUAGAAAAGAAAUCAAUGAAAGAUUAGAUGCUCUGGAGAAGAAGUCUAUAGAUGAAAUCGAAAGUAAACUCAAAACCCUGACAAAUGAAAUAGAGAAGGCAAUGUCCAAGUUACAAAAGAUUGGAACCAACGUUUCAUCUGCUCGUGACAAAUUAGCAUCUGCAGGCAAAAAUCUAUCACAGACCUUCGUUUAUGCAAAAAGAGGAAGACAAAUCGCUGAUGAUGCUGAUAAAAGUGUAGAUGAGGAAAAAGCACAAAGGCGUGAACAGACUGUAGAAUUUACUGGGGAUCAGAAGCUGAUUUCAUUAUUAGAACAAAUGACUGCUUUAGGAGGCAUUACAUGUACAUCUGCCGGGAAUACACAACAGAAAGUUGUUGGCAAAAUCAAAAAUAUUCAUCAACAGGAUCCUAUUCGACCCGUUACGAAGAAGGAAAACAACGCUUCUGGCAAACUAAAUCAAAAGGAUACUUUACUUCAGACCAGAGGAAAAAAUGUGUACUCAGUCAAAAUACAGUCAGAUACGUCUGACUGUUCCAUAAAAAGUGCCUGCACACUGGAGGACGGGACAAUAAUACUGUCAGAUGGUGACAACAAGAAACUGAAACGUUUAGAUAGUACCACAUAUACCGUCACAGACUAUUGUGAUCUACCCGGUACUCCUUGGCAAGUGUGCAUCAUUGAUAAACAAGAAGUUGCUGUCUGUCUAUAUGACAAAAAGGACAUUCACAUCAUUUCACUCUUAGGCAGAAUGAGAACCACAAGGAAGAUAAACACAGACUUUGAGUGUUAUGGUUUAGCGUAUGCUAAAGGCAACUUGUAUAUUUCAGACCCUGGUAACUCUGUAUACAUAUACAGUAUAUCAGGACAGAAGCUGAAGCAGUUCAGUAAGGACCAAUCAGGACAGUCAUUGUUCUCUAACAUCAGACACCUUGCCGUCAGUGAGGAUGGUUCAAUGAUAUAUGUUGUUGACUGGGAUAAAGGACUGAUUGUGCUGGACAGCAAUGGAGAUGUGGUUUCAACAUUCAAUGGUCCACAGUUAGACGGCGGGUCUGCUUGUUAUUUAACAAGAACUGGCAGUUUGCUUGUAAGUGGAUUCGGCUCCCACAAUGUGCUGCAGUUUGGACAUAAUGGAGAGCUGAUAGGGGAGGUACACAAAUCUGAUCAAUCUGUAUAUUAUGAAGCAGUCUAUUGUGAUCAGCAAAUGUCCAAAUUGAUUUUAGGCAGCGAGAGUAACAAUUUAGAAAUUUAUGACUUAAAGUAA